GUCCAAAGCCACCGCCUAAUAUCUUGCCAAAAGACCAGGAACACACUCGCCGACUUCCAAUCCUCCCAGCAUUUCUCUCUCUUCCACAAUACCCAGAUAUUCAGUACCUGUAAGUAUAUCCCACCCCCCCCUCCUUCUCUCUCUCUCAAAUGGGCUUCCCAGUCAACGGCUCAUCAACCGACCGGCCACUUAAGUUCUUGAUCUAUGGCCGGACCGGCUGGAUCGGUGGCUUACUGGGCAAGCUCUGCGAAGCCCAAGGCAUCGACUUUGUUUACGGCUCGGGCCGUCUCGAGUACCGGAGCUCCUUAGAAGCUGACCUUGCUGCUGUGAAUCCGACCCACGUCUUCAACGCCGCAGGCGUGACCGGCCGGCCAAAUGUAGACUGGUGUGAAUCGCAUAAGGUCGAGACCAUCCGGACCAAUGUGGUCGGGACGCUGACGCUGGCUGAUGUGUGCAGAGAGAAGGGUCUGGUUUUGAUUAACUAUGCUACCGGUUGUAUUUUUGAGUACGAUUCUGAGCAUUCGAUAGGAACCGGUAUUGGGUUCAAGGAAGAGGAUAAACCCAAUUUCAUCGGAUCUUUCUAUUCCAAGACCAAAGCCAUGGUGGAGGAUUUGCUAAACAAUUAUGAAAACGUCUGCACAUUGCGGGUCAGAAUGCCCAUCUCAUCAGAUUUAUCCAACCCGCGCAACUUCAUCACAAAGAUCAGUCAAUACAAAAAAGUAGUUAACAUACCAAACUCAAUGACAAUCUUGGAUGAACUCCUUCCCAUUUCCAUCGAGAUGGCAAAAAGAAACCUCACAGGUAUAUGGAACUAUACAAAUCCUGGAGUGGUCAGCCACAACGAGAUUCUGGAAAUGUAUCGGGAAUAUAUUGACCCAAACUUCACAUGGAAGAAUUUUACUCUUGAGGAGCAGGCAAAGGUGAUCGUUGCGCCAAGGAGCAACAAUGAACUUGAUGCUACCAAGCUGAAGCAAGAAUUCCCUGAACUCUUACCCAUUAAGGAGUCCCUCAUACAGUACGUGUUCAAGCCAAAUCGGAAGACCCCUGUGGCUUGAUAAUAAGGUUUGAAAUUUUAUUUUGUCAGUCAAUAUAAAUUUAUUUAGUCUCAUGUGCGUUGAUGCAAUCUCUCUGCCAUAGUGUUUCCUCUUCCCAUAUGACAUGCAUGACUUUCCUAUUGUGUAUUUGAAAGUUGUAUUCAUAUUAACUUGACAGCAAAUAAAUAAUUCUGAAGUUAUAUAUCUGGUCAUUUUCGUGUUUUUUAAGUUUGCAAGCGAUGCAAGUUC